AAUUGGGCAGAUGAGGAAGAAGAAUGCGGUUUUAGAAGGAGAGGUCGUUCUACUGAAGAGACUUAUAGCGGAAAAAGAGGGAUCCUUCAAGAAAGAGCUGGGCGAACUCGGGUCGGCCAAAGCUCUCCUCUGUGAGGAACUAGAAAAGCAGAAGACUCUGCUCUCUGAGAUGGGUAAAGUUAUGCGGGAAUUGAAAUCCCGUCAAGAAGGAUGUGAAGAGGAGAUGAAGAAAUUGCGUCUGGAGCAUCAAAGAGACAUGAGGGUGUUGAAAGAGGAGGUUGUGCAAAGGGAUGCGAGGGUGCUUGUAGAGAAGUUCCCGACUGCUUCGAAGUCGCUUAUUCAAGCGUUUGUCAUGACCGCAAAUUUGGGGAAGCGGAGGAGAAAUGGACUGGGGGAGGAUGAGGGCUGUCGUGGAGACUAUUUAUAUUUACUAUUACUUUUUGGUUGAUUCAACCGCACGCCCGUUUUUGUGAGUUGUAGGGUGCAAGCAUGUCGUCGUGAACAGUUCGCUGCCAAAAACCCGGAGUCCGCUCCCCUGGCAAAAACAAGAUAGAUAAACAUGCCGUGGAUGGAGUUUGUCGAGCGUUGGCCAC